AAGCUGAGUGCUCACUGCCUCAGUCGGUGGCAGCCAUCCUGCUAGUGUGUUGUGCAGUGCCAUCGCAGACCCUUUUGUGUCGCAAAUCCAUUUUUAAAAGCAAAGCUCUCUGUGUGGUUUAUUUUUCUUUUUAUUUAAAACAGGUCUGUAUUUUUUGUUUUUUUUUAUUGCAGAUUUCUCUGCUUCUGUUAGAAAAUCGAGCAACUGUAGGGGAUUUACGCUGUCAGUACAGAUCCCCUCCCCCACUACGGUGCACCUUCUCACAGUAUUUCAGAGAUUGGCAGUAGAGGAAAGGAGCCCUAUCCCCCAAGCUGCUCUGUCCUGGUUAGCACUAAGGCACCUCAUCUGAGCGCUUCAUCACCCUGUCUAAUGAGCUCUAAGGAUGAGCCCAGCUUUGGACACUAUGGAUGGGGAGCACUAUGCCAGCAAGGGAGUCCUGCUUGAGCCCUUCGUCCACCAGGUCGGAGGCCACUCUUGUGUCCUCCGUUUUGGCGACCAAACCAUCUGCAAGCCCCUCAUUCCCCGUGAGCACCAGUUCUACAAAACCUUGCCUGUGGAGAUGCGCAAGUUCACUCCUCAAUAUAAAGGAGUCGUGUCAGUGAGCUUUGAGGAAGAUGAGGAUGGCAGUCUGUGCCUCAUUGCCUAUCCUCUGAAUAGAGAGCAGUCGGAACUAGAAAAGAAUGUGGACCAUUCUGACUGUGAGGCUAAAAACAAGAUGAUAAAGUGGAGCAAUAAAAAAGGCAUGAUUUUGGAGAAUGACAACUUCAGCAAGGAGCGAACUCGGCUCAACCGCAAGGAGGAAAAAAUGAAGAGUCUUGCUUCCGAUGAGGAGUUUGAGAGACUGAAGGUUCCAUAUUACAAUUUGGAGAAGGGGAAUAUUGUUUCUCAGAUAAAGCACAAUCCCUGGAGCUUAAAGUAUUAUCAGCAGCAACUGCAGCGAAUGAAGGAAAACGCCAAACAUCAAAACCAAUACAAAUUCAUCUUGUUAGAAAACCUAACCUUGCGCUAUGAAGUUCCUUGUGUGCUGGACUUGAAAAUGGGAACACGACAACAUGGGGAUGAUGCUACAGAGGAGAAGAAAGCCCACCAGAUAAGCAAGUGUCAGCAGAGUACCUCAGCAGUCAUUGGAGUGCGGGUCUGUGGUAUGCAGGUGUACCAGGCCGAUUCUGGACAGUUGAUAUUCAUGAACAAGUACCAUGGACGGAAGCUAACUGUGCAGGGCUUCAAGGAAGCCCUCUACCAGUUCUUCCACAACGGACGGCACCUUCGGCGUGAGCUGUUUGAACAGGUGCUGCGGAAACUGACCGAACUGAAGUGUGUCUUGGAGGCGCAGGAGUCUUACCGUUUUUAUUCCAGCUCUCUUCUCAUCAUCUAUGACGGGAAAAAAGCACAGCACCCGGCCCGGCGCCGAGGCAGGGAAGAAGAGGAGGACCACUCGGAGGAGUCGUUAGAUGACGAGUCCGCUGAUGAAUGCGCAGGCGCGUUUGCUUUCACGCCAAGGCGUGCCAGCAGCGUGAGGGGCAGCCCCAGCAGUGGGACCGCCUGUAGCGUAGAUGUGCGCAUGAUUGACUUUGCUCAUACCACGUGCCGCUACUACGGAGAAGACAGUGUGGUUCAUGAAGGCCAAGACACUGGAUACAUCUUUGGAUUACAGAACUUGAUAGAAAUAAUAAAAGAGCUUCAGGAUGAGAAUGGUGACUGAAAUGCAAAAUGAAGUGCAAAUUAGGGGACGAUAAGAAAGGAAAACUGGUGGUUUUGUUCGGCUCUCUCCAGCUGCAGAGCUUUGGCACUGCACCGUUCCUUUCCUUGCCUUUUGUACUGCCAGCGAUGACGUUCCAUUCCCACCCCAUUCUGCCUAAGAUCGCAUCUGCCUCGGGAUCGGGUGGCAGUGCCACUGGAGCCUGGGACGGGUGAUACUAAUUCCUUCUAGUACAAUCUAGAAAGAGGGGGAAGUCUCUCAAACCACCUUCCCAUCCAUGAAGGAUUCACAAUGAAGAACGCGUUUCCAGGGGUCUGGUACCAGGGUUGGUGGACAAAACCCAAAGCUAAAUAUCUUAUUUAUUUCAAAUGUUUCUAAAAGGAAAAAAAAAAAAAGAAUAACACAUUCCAUUUAAUUUGACAAUUGAAAUACCUCUGUUACAUUAUUGUGUGUAUAUAUGUCUGAAAAUAAAAAGAGGUGUAUUGUUUGUGGUAA